AUGGAAGAGUUGUAUAAUAAUAUCGAAUUGCUUAAUUUUCAAAAUGUAAUGGAUCUUGAAGAAUAUAUAGAUUAUUCAGAAGAAAAAAUUGAACCUCAACAGGUUGAAAGUGAUGAGGAAAAUGACAGUGUAGACAUGCCCCAAAUUACUUAUAAGGAAGCAUUAGAUGCUGUUUACCGGAUGGAGUUGUAUCUUAUGCAACAAGACCUUAAUUAUGUGGUUCAAACAGAACAUGACAUAGCUUUGUCAAAAUUGUAUAAGUUAAUUAAAAUGUCAAAUACACAUAUAACACCUGGUGAACUUAUUAAAACUGGUACAAUAGUUCCAGAACUUCACUAUGGUUCAUAUUUACGAGAUUGGUGGGUUUUUUCAGAAGAAAAUCCAUCUUAUCCUAUUCCUAUACGAUUAGGACUUGAAGUUAUGAUACAACUUCAUAAAAAUCCUUUUAUUAUUCGUGUAGUACGUUCUAUACACAGUCCUUUACAACCUGGAUAUAUUUGUGAAGGAAGUGGACAGAGUAGUGGUAUUGUUACAAGUGCUUCUACAGCAAUAACUUCUGUUUAUCAAUCUAUUUUCGGUACUAAAACUAGGUUUUCAGGGCUCGCAUAUUUGGGUUUAGAUCAAAAUAAAACAGCACAAAAAUUAUUAGAAAAUGUUACUUUUUGCCCCUUUAUUAUUAAGCUAGAAAGUAUAUCGAUUUUUGUGGGUUCACUUGGUAAAAUUACACAUUCAAAUAAAGUUGGUAAUCAUUAUACCACAUCAUUAUUUUAUAAAUAUAAAACAAAACAGUCAGUUUUUUUACAAUGUAUCAAUGACAAUUCAUAUUCAAUUACGGUUUAUCAAGAUAGUCAAGUUGUUAAUGAAUAUAGAGACACCUCACCAAAUGCCGUUUGGCAACAAACUGGAGUAUUAAAAUCUAUUUGUGGCGAAACUUUAUUUGCCAUAAAUCAUCCCACAACUUUAUAUAAUUUAGAACAAAUAUAUAAAACCAAAUUUCAUUAUCAAAUAUCUAUACCCAAUAAUUGUACAGUAGCAGAUUGGGACAAUAAAAUAAUUAUGAAUCAUCUAUUUGAAUUACAUUUAAAAAAAGCAGUUAGUAAAUCAAAUGAAGGAUGGCAUCGGGUAUUUCAAAGUUGGAAACAGCAGAAAAGUAAUAUAAUAGAACUUCAUACUCAUAUUAGAAAAACCUAUGGACAAGAUUAUGAAUUUCGAAAUCGUGAAUUAUGGGCAUGGCGUGCAGUAUUUCGUGCAGCUGGGUGUACAGAGAUUACUCCAUGUAACAAGGAAAAUUCAGAGGUAAUUACAAAUAAAUUAAUAUUAUAA